GUAGCGGUACAUUCAAACAACGCUCAGUUCGUAUUUGUCGUUCGUGUGUAGUGUGUUUCAACGUUAUUCCGUUUUUCCAUCACGCCGGUUCAAACAUGUUUAGCUGAACAAUCGAAAAUUUCCAGCCCUGAACUAAUUAAAAAACUGAACAAAUUUGAUUCUGUCCAUUGUUGUGGUUGGUUUCGGAUUUCGUUUACUAUGUGCGAGUGUUUUUCGAGUAACUAUAGCUUGGCGUGUUGAAUUUUUGGCCCAUUUCUGCUGUUUGGUUACGUUUCAGUCACUUUGCCGGCUGCUGAGGAUUGUGUAGAUGAGUGACUUUAGUGUAAGCCAAAGAUAUUGUUGAUUCAAACAACUGCUGAUAGUGUUUAACAGUGAAGUGUGACUAGUGCCAAUCUAUUGGAUUCAUUUUCUGCAACGUUUCGACGUUGAUUUAUUGCAAACGGAAUCUGAAACCAGAACGAAGUUGGCGGAAUGUCGGCAGGAACGAGUUUAAAAUUUGUGGUCUGGACCUUCAUAGUCUGUUUCCUGGCCAGCUCCGUCUCUCUAACAAAAGCUCGAUGCCAAUUCAAGCAAAACUGGCAGGGCCGUUGGUUUCAAAGCGGAAUCCAGGGGCUGAUCCUUAUCAACAAUACCCACAUCGAGUCUAAAGGGGAAUGUUAUGAGGAACAGGGCGAUAAAUAUCUGGUUUAUGACAAAUCCGAGGAUUGCUACAGAUGCUUAGUGCUACAUGAGAAACAUUCAAGUGUACUUCAAUAUAAAGAAACCUACUGUGAAACCAAGGACUCGCUAGCUGAGAUUUGCUCAAGAAUCGUUGGAGAUGCUGCACUGUACAGUAUGUUUCGCAAAUAUCCCGAAGUGAAACCUCUCGAUUGCCCAUUUAAAAGCGCGCCAUUCACAUUUGGAUACAAUAGAGGGACCGGUGACUGUAGCAACCCUCCAAGCAGAGCGGAGAGUUGUACUGAUGACUCUCGAUUAGUGCUAAAAUACCAAGCAUGUCCAGAUGUGCCCAGUUCUGAAAGCAACGUGGAAGAACUGAUCUGCUUGGCAACCUGGAAGGAAGGAUCCACCAAGUAUCUGAUCGGAAAAAUUUCGCAAGGCAACCGACGCAGCUUGACAUCGGAUGAAGAUCAAUACCGAUGCUUCAUCUACCAAAAGGGCAAGGAAGAUGGGAAGAUUGUCUAUUCGAUAGCGCAGUCCGGAGAUGCGACAUGUUCGGGCUUGCAAAGCCCCACUGAAGGAAGUCGCACGAUGAAGCUAACAAUCGUUGACGACCAACAUAAACGAUGCAGAUUUCCUGAGUGGAUCACCACUCAUCACACCUGGGUCAGUUUGGACCAUCACAAGACGUUCAAGUUUGCUCAGAAAAACGCCACGCUGAAAAUCCUGGACGAUGAAACGACCAGACCGAUCAGAAUUCAUCAGAAUUUCGCUCAGCCUCAGUUUGCCUUCCAGGAUCUAGGAUUUGAAUCGGAAGAUCAGAAGCAGAAUUCUGAGAUGCGGCUGGUUUGUCACGGGAUAUUGCAGCAGCUGGAUAAUAAGCAGGUUCAAAUAGUCGCGCAUGUUACUGCAGGAUGCGAUAGUGGAUACGUUUGCAUGAUGUUCUACAAGCGGGACUCCAACAUAAUGGAAAUCCAACAAUCGAAUCGAUAUUAUGAAAACGCCGAUGAAGCAUGCGCUACCUUUGAUCCCAGUGAAAUUGCAUAUACAACUUUAGUCGCGCCAACUCUUCACUCGAAGAAAUGCCCUCAUCUGGGUCGAUAUUCAAUUCAACUCAAUGCGUUCAUGGAAAAGAGAAAACGACGAGAACAGCCAGGCGAUUUAAAAUUGGGCAAUGCCGAGCCCGAUUGCAUAUCAAACGAAUACGAAGGACUGUCCGUAGGGUGCAGCGGAUCGCAUGAAAUGGAGUUUAAGUCCACUUGUCCCAGUCAAUCAACCAACUCUUACGCAUGCCAUGGCAGUUGGGAGGAGGAUGGCUUAACAUACGUAAUUACCACGCCGAUAGUGACCACAAGACGAUCUACAAUCCACCAAGACAACACUCUGAGAUAUUGCUUCAUUUUUCAGCUAUCAAAUCAGCCGCAAGAAGAUGUUAUUGAAGGCGGUCUAGGCAAAAGCGCUGGACCUCCCAUAUUAAAAAUGUCCAAAGUAGGUGAAAGUUGUCAUCGAUAUGUGAAACCAGGCGUGGGUGGAAGUUGGGCGCUUAAUUUCACUAGCAAUGGGGCAUGCGAUCAAUCGACUUCAGAUAACGCAAGUUCCAUACUAAUUCCCGCUAUUAUGUUAAUCGUGCUGUCCAUAGCGGCGACGGUGUUUCUAAGAUGAUGAAGAGCGGCCAUGCUACAUACGCUUAGCAACUACUAAGAGUGGCAAAGUGUAAUUGAAGUGAAACUUUUUUUUCAAUUAUAAUUUAAUUUUUUGUUUCGUAUUUUCCGAAUUUAGGAAUCGUCGCCUGAUAGGCAACAUCCACGUGACUAUGCGGUUCGACGAUUCGUUCCCAAAUAGCGAAUCUAAUGUGUAUUAAUUAGUCAAUUUUUUAAAUGUUUACCCAUCUUUUAUUGUCAAACAAAGAAAAAUACGGGAAUGAUGUUUGAGCUACAAGAAUAUUUGUGAUUCAAGUUGUUGGGCUUUUUAAUAUUAUAAAUCAUAUAAUUAUUUAUUUUUAAGUAUAUAUAUUUUAGGUGUAAGUGUACAUUAUUAUGAGAUAUUGCGCAAACAUUGAUGAGAUGUCGCCUACUGCUAACGCUGGGUUUUUAAAGGUACACUGUCCAGAGUGUAUCAGAAGUUUGAUUUUUCAACUGAAAAUUUGUAAAUCCUUUAUGUUACUUUUGAUUUUAUAUCCUCAGUGGUAUGAUUAAGCCUUCCGAUACACCCUCGACUCAUAAGUGUACCAUCACUUUAACCAUAUAAAAAUAAGUUUUUUCACUCGCAUUCCUGGUCAUUUCAGAUGCUGCCCGAUUCUCGCACGCUUGUGAUAUCCUGUAAUUUAACUGAAUACAACGAAUAUAAUAUCAUGAUAUAUUUUUGCGACAAAGCGUUACGUUUGGUAAUCAUGAAUGUUAAUUACAUGAACAAUUUAAUUGAUCAGGGUCCAAAAGAAGAAAAAACGGAAUCGGCAGCACCUUGGAAGCAUCCGAAUGCAUUUGAAAGUGAUUGUUUGUUCCACUUGCAGGUUUUUGAUCAAGGCUUUUGGGACAAUGCGGGGAAGAUAAUCGAAAUAAGCCGAGUUUUGUGUGACUAGCCAGAGUCAAUAUUUCGCUUAUUGGACGUAUUUAAAUUUUAAUCGAAAUGAUGAUGGAUAGUAAUACGGAGACAAACAGGGUCUCGCAAAAGUCCCGCGACUUCUUGUCGAAAACCAACCAAUCCUGUGUUUCGCUUAGUUGGUAUGUCAGGUAAAAAAAAUCUGUGAUUUAGACAAAGCAGCUAGAAGAGAUAGGUAUAUCAGACGGGUUGCUAUUAUAAAAUGUACAGAUAGAAACGAGAAAAUGAUGGUUAUAUUGACUAGGUCGAGUAUUGUUCGAAUAGUGCAAAAUGGAACUAGAUUUCGCGUUUGUUAAAUUUACUCUCAAGGUAUUAGAGAAAAUAACACUAUAUGACUGGGCUUGGAUGGCUCUUUAGCGAAGUUGUGGUUUUUUCAGAUUCCCACUAAUAUAAAGCAGCCAACAAUUAAAAAAAUCAUAAAAAAUGUCAGCAUUUUACGUUUGUAGGUACUGGAUUUUUCGAUGAAUACGCUUUGUAUUUGAAUCCA